AUGGGCAAUGGGAAUAUCGAAGAUAUCAAUUGGGUAUCCAAUCCAUGGGAUCAUACUCGAGAACUCAAGCAUAUUCCGUCAGAUCCUAAAGCAGAACGGGAUCGAUCGACUUCCUCAUCUGAUACAGGACAUGGUCAAGAGAUAUUAGAGUAUAAUAAUGGCUUGAUCCUAAUUAACGAUUUUCUCUCGCCUGAAGAUUAUCAAGUCUUACUGAAUACCAUUAAAGAUGAAUUUCGUACAAUGGAAGAGAGCAAGUCAAGCUUUCUCCUGACUAUAAACCAUCUUAAGCCCAAGCCCAAAGCCAAAUUACGUCGAUUAGCGAUUCACUAUGGACCCAAAUACGAUUACACCACAAACCACGCUUCACCCAAUCCCACUCCUGUUCCAGAUUACAUCCAAAAUCUGAUAGAGAUGAUUAGACCUUAUAUAAAUGGAUUAGAAAUUAAUCAAGCUACGUUGCAAUAUUAUCCACCUGGAUCUGGCAUACCCCCUCAUAUAGAUACGCAUUCGUGCUUCGAGAAAGAGAUUUUAUCGUUCUCGCUAGGAGCGAGGGUCAAUAUGGGGUUUCAGAAAGGUGAUGAAGCGACUGCUAUGAAGAUGUUCGCUCCUAGACGAUGUGUUGGCGGAUCAACCUCUACCUCAACUCCGGGUACGCUCCCAUCAGAAAUUUCGGUUAAUGGUAAUCACCCACCACCACCUACGCUUACACCUAAACCCUUAGCACAAUCAACAUAUUAUGAAAUUCCUCUUCAACCCAAUAGUUUAUGUAUAAUGUCCAACGAAGUUCGAUAUGCCUGGACGCACGGUAUACGCUCUAGAGCGACCGACGAUAGUGUGAAACGAGAAGAUAGGUAUAGUAUAACAUUUAGGAAAGUUGAUUUUGAGGGUGUAUGUCAAUGUGACUAUGGAAUUUGGUGUGAUUCUCAGCAAGAUAAGAAUAAAGAAUGA